AUGCACGCCCUGCAUAAGGGGUUUUCACGUUAUUUGUUCGCGUUUUUCUACGCAGCAAAAAUCCUGAAGCCAGGCCAAACAGUGAAAGUGGCCCCUGAGGAUGGUGGGGAAAUCCUGCACAUCUCCCAGGUUUGCAUGAGCAAGCCAGUUGAUGGCAACCGCACCUACCUCAAGGUCGUCCAGGGCUCUCAGAGCUUUGCAGCCUGCGUCCUGCAGAAGGAUAAGCAGGAAUCCUGUAGCGUGGAUUUGUUCCUUUCGGCAAGGGAAGGCAUUCAGCUCGCACUUGAAGGCGGCAAGAACGAACUAAGCGUCAUUGGGUAUUUCGAGCCUGAACCCGAGUCAGAGAGUGAUGGAGAUGAUGAUGAUAUGGCUGGGUUUGGCGAAGACAGCGAGGAGGAGAGCGAAGAUGUAUCAGAUGAUGAGACCCAGGGAAUGAGCGCUCCAGUGGUGAGAGACGGCCGUAUUGAGGAUCUCGACGCUCAGGAAGAAGAGGCCAAUAAAAAGUCUAAGGGAGCGAACAAGAAGGCUCAGGCACUGAAGGCCCUUCAGGCGGCCGCAGCAAACGAUGAUGAAGAUGAUGAGGAUGAUGAGGACGAUGAUGACGAUGAUGACGAGGAAGAUGAUGACGAGGAGGAGGGGGGUUCUGGGGAUGAUGACGAAGGAUCUGACGAAGAAGAAUCAGAGCCCGAGCCCGCACCGGCUGCUCAAGAGAAUAAGCGCAAGGGCCAACAACAGCAACAGCAAAAUAAAAAAGCCAAAACUCAAGCGGGCGAUGCGGGUUCCAGCAAGGGUGACGAGGCAACCUACAAGAAUGCGUUGGUCGAGUUCUUGAAAAAGAACGGGCCCACCCCCCUGGCUUCUCUUGGUCAGAAGGUCAAGAAACCCGCCAGCCUGCCAAAGAUGGCUGCAUUCUUGAAGGCACAUGCCAACGUUUUCUCAGUAGAGGGCGGCAAGUGCUCCCUCAAGUGA